AUGGUUAAUCGACGAUUGAGAAUAUUUUCCGCAUUUCUGUUCGUUUUGCAGAUUUUCAAAGCGAACUGCCAAUAUGCUCCAGUAACCUCCACAUCCGUACCAAUAGCUAAUACACCUUCACAAAUCGGCCAGUUGAUUUUACCAGCUGUUAUCGAACCUACGGCCCAAACUGUAUCCCAAUUCCAAGUACCUAUGCCAUUCCCUUCACCGCCAUGUUCAUUUCCACCGCCACCUUGCUUCCCAUCUCCACCCAUGAAUCUUCCGAAUUAUCAAAACCAACCACCACAAGUUAUUAUAUUGGAUGAUGGUAGUUCUAACAAUAAUAUGGAUCUACUGUAUCUCCUCCUAAUAGCUUCUAAAGGAGGUGGUCUGUUUGGCGGGAACAGCGGUGGAUGUGGCAACGGAGGCGGAUGCGGAUGUGGGGGCAGAUGUGGAGGUAACUGCGGAUAUGGAUACUAUAGCGGCGGCGUUGGAUGCGACAACGGAGUCAUGUCAUACGUGCCACCAAUAUCCUUGACUAUCACAACCGCAUCAUCUGAUAGCGAAAGUCAAUCAUCAUAA